AUGGACUUCGUAUGGAAUGAGUCCGUCCGUCAUGCACAUGCAAUGACUCGCCAUUGGACGUCCACAACCGAUGCAUCAAUCCCAGAUAUACAGAGAGACAUGGAAACAUUGACUCUCAACGUUCUCGCAUCAGCAGCGUUUCAUGAGUCCUACGACUUCAACCCCUCCUGGGAAUCCGACGCGCUCGAUUCAGCUACUCAGAGCUACCGGGACGCUUUGUUUGUCGUACACAAGCACGCCAUCCACCUCAUGCUCAUUCCAUAUCACAUCCUUACCGGAUCUUUGAUGCCCAAGGGUCUUGCUCGGAUCGGCAAAGCCGCUGUCUCGCUCAAAGAUCACAUGACAAAGAUGGUGAGGAAAGAGAGGCUGGCAAUGGAAAGGGGCGAGCCAGGGUCAGGUGGUCUCGUAACUCAACUCGUGCGAGACCACCUGGAAACCCUACAAGCCGAUCUAUGGGACAUGCCCAAGGCUAAGAAAGGAACACUGUCAAAUGAAGAGAUUAUGGGAAAUCUGUUCGUAAUGACCUUUGCUGGAUACGACACAACGGCUAUUGCGCUCUCCUUCGCCAUGACACUCCUAGCUGGACACCCCGACGUACAGGAGUGGUUAUCUGAGGAGAUAAUUACAGUCACCGAGAACAAACCUGUCGAAUCUUGGACCUACGAUUUGUUUCUCAAGCUAAAGCGAUGCCGGGCUGUGUUUCUUGAGACCAUGAGGCUGUAUGGGCCUAUCACCGGAUUACCAAAGGUUGCUACUGACAGGACACAGCCUAUUCGAGUUGGUGAUCGAGUUCUUGCCAUUCCGCAGGGUACUGAAACCAUUCUCUUACUUCACAGUGCCCAAACUGAUCCAAGGUAUUGGCCUGGGGGUGAUCCACAUGCGUGGAGUCCUUCACGCUGGAUAUGUCGACGGGAGCCUGAUGCGGAACCUGCGUGCGAAGAGCUCUUCGUCCCCAAAAGGGGUUCAUUCUCCCCCUGGUCCGAUGGCCCACAGGGAUGUGUUGGAAAGAAGUUUGCUGAGGUUGAGGCAGUUGCUGCUCUGGCAUGUGUCCUCAAAGAUUGCCGCAUACGCCCAAAAUUGGGGGCUGGGGAGACUUUGGAGCAGGGCGAGCAGCGGGCUAAGAGGUGCGCGAAUGAUGUUAAUUACCAGCUCAUGUUGAGGAUGAACGACCCCAGUCAGGCCAAGCUGGAAUGUAAGAGAGUGUAG